AUGGCCGCUGUGGAAAGCAAGCCACAUUUUGUCGAAGGCGAAGGAGCCCAGGAGCUCCUGGAAAUCGAAAACACACGCCAAAAUAUUAUCCCAACUUCUGGUAAAGAAGACCGCGAUGGAGCAAUGCCUGCGGUUUAUAGCAAUGACGACUCCCCAGAGAAGAUCUCUGCAUCUACGCUCAUGGCUGUGUUUUUCAUGGGCAUCUCUUAUGUGGCUGCAAUCUCUAGUGGACUUGUCAUGCCUGCCGGUAUUGUUGCUCAAAUCGGUACGGCGCUCGGUGAUAUGGAAAACAUAGGGUGGAUUCCCGGUGGCUGGGGCAUUGCUUCAGCCAUGUCGUUUUCCGUAGCAGGCCGACUAAGUGACAUUUUUGGACGCCGAUAUGUGUUGAUAUCGGGACAGGUUUUCACAUUGAUUGGCACGAUCAUCGGUGGAACCGCCCAAAAGACUACAAUUGUUGCGGCCGGCUCUACCGUUACUGGCUUUGGUGCUGGCAUAAUAUUUGUUUCCUACCCAGGCAUCUCCGAGUUACUGCCCAAUAAAUACCGUGGCAUGGGAAUUGCGUGGACAGAAUUUUGCCUCAAUCUCCCUUGGGCCGGAUUUGGCGUACUCAUCGCUCAAUUAUUUGUUAUCCAUGCAACCUGGCGCUGGGUCUACUAUAUCGGCAUCAUUUACGCGACCAUUUCUAUUAUAGGAACUGCCAUCUUUUACUUUCCCCCCUCACGGCCCCGCAAUGACUGGGAAAAAUCGCGAUGGCAGGAGUUGAAAGAGCUCGACUUUGUCGGCCUCGGUCUUUUCUCUGCUGGGAUUACUCUUUUCCUGGUUGGGAUUACAUAUUUGGGGAAGUCCUCAUACUCUGUUCCUCUUGUGGCCUCAACAACCGCGAUUGGUGGCCUUCUCUUGGUAGGCUGCCUUGUCUACGACUUUACUGUUGCAAAAGACCCUAUCUUCCCAUAUCGUCUUUUCAAAAUGUUUCGCGAAUUCACUGUACACCUCGUUAUCCUCUUCAUUGCCGGCAUGAUUUGGCAGGCUAUAACAACGCUCGGGCCCCAAGGGACGUUGUACAUGUUCACGAAUGAUCCUCUUCAAAUCGGAUAUCUCCAAAUUCCUAACAACAUAUCGGGGUUGUUAGGAGGUUGGAUCAUGCCUUCGUUGGUCCAUAAGAUCAAGCAUGUCCGCGAACAGAUCCUUUUCGCUCUCCUUAUGCAGACGGUUUUCACUGCUUGUUACGCAGCAGUGGUGCCAAACCACAAGACUGCCUGGUCUAUCAUGCAGCUUUUCGGCCAGUGCUGUUUUACUUGGGUUACGCUGCUGGCAUACGUAUCAUCAGGGCUCUUUGUUCCGCACGAAGAUCUGGGUGUUUCUGCUGGUCUGAUCGGCACCUUUCGAAGCGCUGGCAACAGCGUUGGCAACGCUAUUUUUGGCACAAUCCUGACGUCGAUUGUCAAGACGCAGAUGCCUAAGCGUGUUGCGGAAGCUGCUAUACAGAACGGAUUUCCUCCUAAUCAGCUCUCCGCACUUAUUCCUGCUGUCGUGGAGAACGCGGUUGGCGUCCCCGACGUCUUUGCCAAGAUCCCGCGGGCCACGCCGCAGGUAAUUGCUGCCGCUUCACAGGCCUUCAAGGAGGCUUAUGCCUACGCAUUCCAACGAGUGUUCUACGCCACUAUUCCAUUUGGUGUUAUUGCAUUGGUGCUGGCGUGGUUUGUCAAAGACCCGAGCCCCUUGCUAAACAGCCACGUGGCCGUACAUCAGGAGAGGGAGGUCCUUUCUGGAAAGCGAGCAGAGAAGCCUGGCAAGUCUAUCGAUGAAGGCGGCCCUCCAGCAUGA